GCAAGUCGUGUUUAUUGGAGCUGGUUGGUCAACAAGAAGACAGUGAAUCGUAAAACGAAUCAGUUGUAAUAAACUGUUUCAUCUGAAGGACUAGGCCAAAAGAUUUCUACGACUAGGUUUCGUUUUCGUUUUGUUUGUUUGUGUGGAACAAAGUUACAUACUGAACAUUCACUAAAAGUGCCUCAGUCGAAGAAGCCCUGUGGUGGCCUAAUGGUGUGAGUGCAUUAGAUACUGAGAAGUAAAAAAUAACGAUGCCUAACAUCGCUUUUCCUAAUUACUCGGAUAUGAAUUCCAGGCUCAAUUCAUUUCAAGGAUGGCCAAAUACAAGCACUGACCAACCAGCUCUGAGCUUAGCCAAAGCGGGAUUCUUCUACAUCGGGUCCGCUGACAGAGUCCAGUGUUUCCACUGCGGAGUGCGUCUGAGAAACUGGGAUAGAGAGGAUGAUCCUUCCUCCUGUCAUCGGCUGUAUUCCCCUGACUGUCCCUUCAUAUCACAGGGAGAACUGGAGGUUUUCUAUCGUCAGCAAGCAGACGACAAGAAUAUGCCUGAUUCUCACGGGAUGACUGCUCCAAUAGCCGAGGAAGUACCGGCGGAUGCUCCCGAACCUGAAAUAAUAAACAGCGAAGACGUGCUGCAUGAUUUAACAGCCGCAGCUGUGGAUAGCGACGGUGUGGAUGACGUAAUCGACUGGCAAAGUGCCAAGAUGUUGGCUUUGCUGGAGAAUGGAAUCCGGAAACGAGACAUCGCCAAGUUUGUCAGGGACCAUCUUAACAGGGAGUUCCCCACUGCGGUGGCGCUAAUGGCGGCCAUGAUGGAUGAAUAAUACAUCACAGGAUACAACAUCAACGCGCAUGAUACAUAAGAGAGGUGAUAUGAUUCAAGUGAAAAGUAGCUGCUCCUUAUUGACAGUGUGUUAAGAUGGUUUUAUACUUGUUACCCCUCCCUCCUCCCCCAUAAGUUAAAAUGGUGAUGUGAAAUCUGCGAUCGAGAUAUUCAAGUAUUGUUUUAUUAACGGUGUGUUAAUAUUAUUGUAUACUUAUUACCCCAACCCCCAUUAAGUAAAUCUACUAUCCAGUUAUUCAAUUGUUGAAGUACAGUUUGCAAGUGUUGGAAAUCUAAAAGACAAAAUCGGGAUAAUCAAGAUUCGUAGUUUUACAGAAGCAGAGACAAAUGCAUGUUUUGACAAGGUUGUGAGUAACAGUGUAUGAAUGUGAUGCCUGAAUGUGGAAAUACCCAAAUAUCCAUUGUUUUUUUUUUAAAUGGACUGUAAACAACUUUGCGUAAGAACUUUGUGCUAAAAUGUGAUUUUAUUUCUUUCUUUUUUUGUUAUAUUUGUAUGGUUUUUAUUAUACACAUGUAUUGUACACACUGUACACAUAUUUAGGGCAACAGGAACUGUAAAUGCA